UGGAAAAUUUUCGUUAAAGCCUCAAACAUUGAUUACUCAUUCUUUGUGUCCCUGUGAGUGCCGAUUCCCUUCUGUCAGAAACAGCACCUCCGUCCAGUAAACAGGGCAAUACAUCUAUCUAUCAUGGAGACUAGAAGCUACCCGCACACCUAUCUAAGCUUUUGUGUUGCUGCUGUACUAUUAGUGAUGAGUGUUAUGCCUGUCCUGUCAAAUGUUAACCAACAAAACAUGGUAUCUGUCAGCCAAGAUGAUGCUACCUUACUUUAUCUCAAUCUUAAGUGGCAAGGGGCACCACCCGGUUCUGAAAUGAAGUUCAAAGCACAAAAAGAGUUAGAUGAUGAAAUUGCUCAUAGGAAACAUGAUGACGACAGUGUAUAUCACAUAUUGAAUCUUUUGUUUGGAAAAGAGAUUACUUCUACUAUCUUGACUUCUACUCCUUUACCUGGUGUUCAAACCACUUGUCUUAAAAUGAUGACAAAAACUUAUGAGCAACAUUGUGGAGUCUUAUCAGAUUAUGGACUCAAAUAUACAAUAGUCUUUGCAAACAUGUGCGGCGCUGGCAUUUCUGAGAAACAAAUGAUUGACGCAGCAUCUCAAGCUUGUCCUGCCCGAGAAAAAAUGUAGUCAUUUUUAAAUUUCGACUCUCGUACUAAGGUAAUAAAAAACUUAUCAGCAACACUGUGACUCUUAUCAGAUUAGGGACUCAAAUACACAAGUGGCUUUGCUAACAUGUGCAAUGUAAUAAAAACCAAUUAUUGAUAAAUA